AAAAAAACAAAACAGCUUUGGUGACCAUGUAAAAGUAUGGGACCUAACAAAAAACAAACACCCAAAGUGUUCCCCGAAAACAGUUCUGUUUGUUUCAACGAAACUUCAAAAAAACGCCACUGAAAAUACUUCCCAAAGGGAGGGAAGAAAAGGGCAAUAAAAUUUUGCAAGAGAAGUAGAGAUACUCAAGAUGAACCAAACUUACCAAGGGAGUAACCCUGAUGGUUCGGCAGAUGUCCCUGUGAAGCGCAAAAGAGGUCGUCCGCGUAAGUAUCCCAAACUUGAUCUUGAGGAGAAGGCUCGUAUCCCAAAGGAUCAGAAUUUAAACCGUAGGGAGAAUGAUCGUGUCCCUCCUGGAUUUGGAGGGGUCAAUGGAAAUCAGCCCCGUCAAGUUGAUUCAAUUGAUAAUGCAAAUGAUGGCAUGGCAGGCCAGGUUGUGUCUGGUGUCAUUGAGGCAGCAUUUGACGCAGGAUAUUUGCUGAGUGUUCGAGUUGGCAACUCUGACACCACUUUGAGGGGUGUUGUCUUCAAGCCUGGACAUUACGUCCCUAUUUCAGCUGAGAAUGAUGUGGCCCCUGAAAUGCAAAUGAUCAGGCGAAAUGAGGUUCCCCUCCCAGCAGAAAAUUAUACUCACGUCCAUGGCUAUAACCCUCGAUCCAGAGAGAGGGAGCAGAAAUUUAAUUCUCGUAGGAAUGGAACUCAUUCAUUGAAUGAAGUACCAAUUGUCAACCGAGUUGUACCUCAGUCUGCUAACCUUGUGGCUUCAAAAGGCAAACAGGUGCCUUCAGUUGCGGCCCAAACUGCUCGCCCUGUAAUCCCAAAGGGCAAUGUAGUGCCCGUUGUACUCAAACCUGUUAACGGGAUAGCACUUGCCAACCAACCAUCUUCAUAUGCUAUUCAAGCUCCUCAUUUGGUAGCCUCAAAAAGCAACAAGGUCGUUGGAGGUGCUCAAUCAUCAGAUGGUUCAAUAGUCAACAACCAGGUGCCAGUAGUAGUAAACCAAACACCUCCUCCUCAACCUCAAGCCAGCCACCAGUUUACACCAAAAGACUCACAAAGUGAUAAUGUUCCUUGUACUCAACCACCAGAAGAGGUCAGCAAAAAAAUUCAAGGUCUUUCGGAGUCAGCAAAGACUGAAAUAGACGGUAGCACAUUAGCUGGCAAAACGUCAGUCAAAGGUUCUGGCCACAAGCAGGUAGAUGAAGUUAAUGAUAUGGAUCAGCCCCUCUUAAUUGAGCCCCUGCAGGCUGUACAGCCUGAUCCCUGUACCCAACCCGACCCUGCUGCAAAACCUUUUGAGAAUAAUAUAACUGGAAAAAUGACUCAGCUGUUGCAGCACUUCAAAAAGGUUUUGCAGGAAAGCGCGAUGGAGAACCAGGUGCCUUGGGCUGAAAAGCCAGCAACAGCUUCUGUGCUGAAGUUAGAGGAGCCCAGAAACUGAUCUUGGAGAUAAAGAAACUGGUCAUCCAAAGAGACAAUCCUAAGCAUCAGUGUCUGAUCAAUACAACCCGCUGUGACCUGGUGUUUUUUACCUGAAAUUGACAUGAAGUCCCUGAACUGAUUGGAAUCAGUCAAUUCUGGAGAAGUAGCUAGGAGGCUGCGGAGGAUCCGCAUUUGGUUCAACCUUCAGGAUCUGACCUCGUUACUUAGACUUUAUGCCUUUUCAGUUUGUAGUUUUAAAGUCCUCUUAGCUUGUAGUGUUUAUGAUUUAUUCACAUUAGAGGAGCAGCAAGAUGUUGGAUACCUGUACUGCUUAUAUGCUUACAUCACUUUUAUUCAAGUGUAUACCUUAAUGUUCAUAAUGAAAGCUCCUGUUGCAGGCAUUUGGAGCAUUUCUUAGAACAUCCUGUUGUAAUCAUUCAUGGGGAGUACAUAUUUAUUUAAAUCUGUAUGGACAUCA